CUCUACCAACAAGCUGUAAACAUGGGACGGCUGUGACAUGGUGCAUUACUAAAAUAGAUAUACUCAGGGAAACUACCAUUUAGAACAUGUCAUAACAGAGAUGUUAAAUAGUGAGAGUUGAUGUCGACUAGCGAUAGUCAGUGUUGACUAGCGGCCGUGUUGCUGAAAGUCUUCUUUCAGAUAGAUUCCAAAGGUAGUGGUCAGUGAGAUACACAAGACUUGUUGUUGUUUGACUGUGCCUGUCUCUAUACUUAUAUAUGUGCCUUUGCCAUUUAUCAGAUGAGGCAAAUUAAGAAAAAUUGUAGAGUUCAAAUGGAUAUUCGACAUACAAAAUAUUCCUGAUUGACUCAAUAUCUAAUAUUUAAACUAUAAUAAGAUAUGAUCAGUGAUUCCUAUUUUUGUUCUGAGUACAAACGAACUGGUAAAUAUGUGUCCAAAAACUUUGGUGUCAAUGCUGCAGUGUAAUUAGUAGGAUGUGUGGAAAUAUACUGUGUUCAAACUUUGACGUCAAUGAUAUUGUGUAAUUCAUAGAGUGUUUAAAAAUAAUACUAUAUGCACAAACUUUGACGACAGUACUACUGUGUAAUUAGUAGAAUUAGUGGAAAGUGUGCUAUCACUAUCACAGCGAUCGCACCAGUUGUCUACCUUUACAGUCAAUAAAAUCACCUUCCCAUGGAUUACCUUUCCUUAAACAUUAAACAAAGGACGUCAUCUCUCCGUUUCCAAGAAACAAAUGACGUCUUGUCAAUUUUUUUUUAAACGAUGACAAAUCUAUUGGGGCUGUUUUAUUUUCAAGCAGUACAAUAAAAACAUACACAAUCAUAAUUAUGUGAAUUAUAAUUUUAACAUACAUAUAUAACUGAUUGCUUAAUCACUCCGAAUAGACUUCUUCGUGGAUUAAUGGAUCUGGACCGAACUUGGUGCAUAAACCCUACUUUAUGCAAAUUGAGCUUCUGGCUGAGAUUUACCUCAUUUCUUAAACCCUUUGGUCCCAAUUUAAAUCUCAUGAUCCAAAAGUGUAAAGGAUUUUUGUUAGAUUUGAGAAACUGAUCAAAUUUACAAAAUGAUCAAAUAUACAAUUGAUCAAAUAUACAACUGAUCAAAUGUAGAACUGAUCAAAUGUAAAAUUAAUCAAAUGUACAAAUGAAAGAAUCAGUUUUGAAGCAAAAAACUUUUGAUUCUUGCAUAAAUAAAAAGAAAAAAGUAUAGCGUUAUAUGGUUGUAUGACUAUUUCCGAUGUAGCAAAAAUGAUAUGUGGUUGUAUGACUAUUUCCGAUGUAGCAAAAAUGAUAUGCGAUAUUAUGAAUAUUUCAGAUGUAGCUAAAAUGAUAUGAGGUUGUAUGACUAUUUCCGAUAUAACAAAAAUGAUAUGUGGUUGUAUGACUAUUUCCAAUUUAGCCAAAAUGAUAUGUGGUUGUAUGACUAUUACCGAUAUAACAAAAAUGAUAUGUGGUUGUAUGACUAUUUCCGAUAUAACAAAAAUGAUAUGAGGUUGUAUGACUAUUUCCGAUAUAACAAAAAUGAUAUGUGGUUGUAUGACUAUUUCCGAUGUAGCAAAAAUGAUAUGUGGUUGUAUGACUAUUUCCGAUGUAGCAAAAAUGAUAUGUGGUUGUAUGACUAUUUCCGAUGUAACAAAAAUGAUAUGUGGUUGUAUGACUAUUUCCGAUAUAACAAAAAUGAUAUGUGGUUGUAUGACUAUUUCCGAUGUAACAAAAAUGAUAUGUGGUUGUAUGACUAUUUCCGAUGUAGCAAAAAUGAUAUGUGGUUGUAUAACUAUUUCCAAUGUAGCAAAAAUGAUAUGCGAUAUUAUGAAUAUUUCAGAUGUAGAUAAAAUGAUAUGAGGUUGUAUGACUAUUUCCGCUAUAACAAAAAUGAUAUGUGGUUGUAUGACUAUUUCCGAUGUAGCAAAAAUGAUAUGUGGUUGUAUGACUAUUUCCGAUGUAGUAAACAUGAUAUGUGGUUGUAUGACUAUUUCCGAUGUAGCAAAAAUGAUAUGUGGUUGUAUGACUAUUUCCAAUUUAGCCAAAUGAUAUGUUUGUAAAAAUAUUUCCGAUGUAGCAAAAAUGUUAAGUGGUUGCAAGACUAUUUCCGAUAUAACAAAAAUGAUAUGUGGUUGUAUGACUAUUUCCGAUGUAGCAAAAAUGAUAUGUAGUUGUAUGACUAUUUCCGAUGUACCAAAAAUGAUAUGUGGUUGUAUGACUAUUUCCGAUGUAUCAAAAAUGACAUGAGGUUGUAUGACUAUUUCUGAUGUAUCAAAAAUGAUAUCAGAUUUUAUGACUAUUUAGGAUGUAGCAAAAAUGAUAUGUGAUUGUAAUACUAUAUCCGGAGUAGCAAUAAUAAGGUAUGUUUGUAUGAAUAUUACUAGAGUGGCAAUAAUCAUACCUGGUUGUAUGACUGUUUUAUAUAUUGUAUGUUUUCAACCAAACUCUGAGCAAAAUAAAAUGUCUGCUAUCGGGACUUGAGUUUUAAGGGGUGCAAGAAUGUACCUUUUUUUAUUUUUAUUUUAUUACUAAGGGGUGGGUUGGGGGAGUCAGGAAUCAGGUUAGCAAAAUAUGAAAUGAGUAAAACAAAGAAAGGUCACACCUGAAAAAUCGAUCCAAAAAAAAAAUAAAAAAAGAGGGGUGGGUUGGGGGAGUCAGGAAUAAGGUUAGCAAAAUAUGAAAUGAGUAAAAAAAAGAAAGGUCACACCUGAAAAAUCGAUCCAAAAAAAAAAAAAACACAAAAGAAAACCGACCGUUUCGGCAGGAAGCCUUCGUCAGCGAAAAAGAAUUUAAAAAAUAGUAUUUGGCUGUGGAGUAGAAUCAGAUAGGGCAGCAAUCGAAUUUUGUAGCGUUCCUUCUUUUUCAGGUUUGACCUUCUUCUUCUUCUAUAUAUUUAGGGCCCACGAUCAAUUUAUUGACCAUUUUGGCUCCUAUGCAUGUAGAGGGGAUUUGCAAUGUUUAUGUGCCUGGUGUUGAUAAGGACAUUUCACUGAUUUCCAGUGCCACUUUGUGAGGGAAUUAUGCACUGGGGGUUUGAAGGCUUGAGGCGAUAGACACAAAUGAAUCUAAUGUUUUCACCUCAACUUUACUUUGUGUUUCUCAUUUUCUUAAUUUUAUUUUUAAAAUUAUUGAUAAACAGAAGACACCAGAGAUCACCCGGAAGUGGAUUCCCCGUUUAUUAUGAAUUAGUUAAAAUUAAUGUAAUUAAAAUGCUUUAAACAUUAAAAUUAAAUUUUUUGGAACAUUUUCUAUUUCAGGCGUUGAUAUUGAUGGAUAGAGGAUUAUCUGCAGUAUUUCUGUAAGUUUAAUUAAAUUCUCUUCCCACUGUACCUUUAUUCGUUAUUUAUUUAUCGAUUCAUUGAUUUUUUACAUAACCACAAACACUUGCUCACAACCAAUUUAUAAAUCAAAGGGAAAAUCUGAAUCUUCUGAAGUAUUUAAAUAAAACAGAGCUAUCAUUGAAUUGUUCGUGUGUUUGAAUUUAUGUCUCUCCAACUAAAAAUAUUGAAUGCCAUUUUAACACAAUGGAUCAAAUCAUUUUAAACACAAUGGAUUAAAUAAUUUUGAAUACAAUGGAUCCAAUAAUUUUUAACAAAAUGAAUCAAAUAAUUUUAAACACAAUGGAUCAAAUCUUAUUAAACACAAAGGACCAAAUAAUUUUAAAAAAGGAACCAAAACAAAUAAUUUAACACUAGAUCAAAUCAUUUAAAAAAAGAUGUAUGAAAUCAUGUAACACCCAAUGGAUCAAAUCAUUUUAAACGCAAUGUGUCAAAUCUGCUCAAACACAAUGGAAGAAAUCAUUUUCAAGACAACAGAUUAGAUCAUUUAAACGCAAUGGAUCAACUAACUUAAACAAACUGAAUAAAACCAUUUUAACACAAUAAAUUAAAUCAUUUUAAAUAAUGUAUCAAAUCAUAUGGCCCCCAAUGGAUCAAGUCCUUUUGAAGCCCAAUGUGUCAUAUCCUUCUAAACACAUGGAUCAAAUCAUUUUCAAGAUAAAUGAUCAAAUCAUAUUUAACAUAAUGGAUCAAAUUAAUUUAAUCAAAGUGGAUCAAAUUAUUUUAAACACAAUAGAUUAAAUCAUUUAAAACACAAUGAAUCAAACCAUUUUAAACAAUCUAUAAAAUCACAUAACACCCAAUGGAUCAAAUCCAUUUUAAAUGCAAUGUCUCAAAUCAAUUUAAACUCAAACGAUUACAUUUUUAACACAAAAGUCCAAAUUCAUUUGAAGCGCUAUGUGUGAAAGUCGUUUAAAAAUAAUGGAUCAAAUCAUUUGAAACACAAUUUAUCAAAUUAUUUUAAACACAAUGGAUCAAAUCAUGUAUUACACAAUCGAUGAAAUCAUUUAGAAUAAAAUUGAUUGAAUCUUUUUAAACAAAAUGGAUCAAAUUAUUUUAAAAACAAUAGAUAAAUAAUUUGAACACAAUGGAUCAAAUGAUUUUAAACACAAUGUAUCAAAUCAUUUCAAACAUAAUGGAUCAAAUCAAUUUCUUGAAACAUUUGAAGUUUUACAAAUUAUAGUGUUAAAAAAUUCAUAAACAAUAAUUUGCAUUAAUUUAUUUUUUCGGAAAUAUAGUUAGUGUAAGUAUAAAUAUUUAUAUUUUAUUUCCCCGCCAUUAUGACUUCAGUUGGUAGGACUUAACAUUAGUGAUAUAUAUAUUUAUAUACAUAUACAUAUAUAUAUUUAUUUAUUUUUAUAUACACCCAUUUAUAUAUAUUUAAAAUGCUUCUAUUAUAAUGAAUAUUCCCAGGUCCUAACAACAACAACAAGCCAUGAACGGAAUGGAACUCAUCUUUAUAUUUGCUCUCACAUCCCUAAGAAUAAUUUCAUCAUUAUCCGUCGUCCGAGAUGAUAAUGUUGAGUUCUAUGAUUCACGCCAGGACAAUUGUGAUCUAGAACUGUAUCAGGGCAAGAGUCAGUUAGAAUGUGCCCCUUUGACUGGGGAUUUAUACCACAACCUGUGGCAUGGUACAAUGGCCAAGAACAAGACUACACAAAUGACCAGUUGUUGUAGAUUAUGCUGUUAUGGACAAGUCGCUGAUUGUGGUCGCUGUAAUCUUACAGAAGUCCCGCAAGAUUUACCAGACAACAUUACGCACCUUCUUCUAAAUUAUAAUAAUAUCACUAGCAGCGCCCUCUACCCUGGAGUGUUUGUAAACUAUUCCAAACUCCUCGUCCUUCAGAUGGAUUCCAAUAAUCUCACAGUUCUACCUGAAGGAGUAUUUUAUGGUCUUAGCUCUCUAAUUCAACUCAGUCUUUACAACAACAAUAUUUUGAUGGACUCGGCACUGAAUGGGUCAACCGUGUUUGCUCUGUUGGGAAACACUUUAAAGAUUCUUGUCAUGAACAGGAACAAUCCCAACACGUCAUCAGAGCAGUUGAUGUACCCAGAUUUUGCCCUGUCUUUUCUGACCAAACUGACCGUUCUGCACAUUGAUGGGCUGAUGAACAAGACAUUUGAUCAUGGGUUCUCAAACUUAAAGAACUUGAGGAAUUUAACUUUGGCUGGUUUCAAGUGUGGCUAUUGUAACAUCCAUUUACUAAGUAACGAAACAUUUCAGUUCUUGACAAGUCUGCACCACCUAAACGUGUCUGAUUGUGGAAUACAAGGGAAAAUCAUCGAAAAUGGCGCUUUUGAGAAAUUAACAGAGUUAAGGUCCUUGGAUGUAUCUCAUAAUUUUGAUCUUGGUCUUUCCGCUCUCGGUAACGUCAUGUACAGUUUUAGAAACAGUCCAAAUUUACGUCAUUUGAAAUUGCAAAGGAUUGGGGCUCGCUUUGCUGCUUGUAUUGUUGUCUACAAACACACACUGCGACAUUUCAAGAACACUAGUCUGGAGGUGAUUGAAGCCAUGGACAAUGAGAUUGAGAUGAUUGAGUUUGGGGCCAUUCAAAUGUUGCCCCCAACACUAAGGACACUCAACCUCACCAACAACAGAAUCAUGUUCGGUGCCUACUGGAGGGACAUGGGUUACCUGACACGACUUCAAAGCUUACACCUGGACAACGUUCCUACCCGCUUUAAAUUCGCUCUCAGUUUUCCUUCUAAAAAACUUCACUGUAAGCCACCACCUAACGAGGACGGUAGCGAUGUUAAAGAAGAGUCUGACGAACCUUUCAUCCUGCCGUUGCCACCAACUUUAACCCAACUAACAAUGCACAGCAACUCCCUAGAGUACCAAGUCAACAACAUUAGCUUUAGUGACAACAACAGCUUGGAGCAUGUUGAUAUUAGUGGUAACAUGUUCAAUUCUCUAAUUGGUCCUAUCACGGGACUUCACAGUCUCAAAAAUCUGUCAAUGUCAAGCUGUUUUAUAGAAACUAUCAAAAAUAUGUUCUUUAAAACUCUGACGAGCCUACGAUAUCUGAAUCUUUUUCAGAAUCUGCUAGGAGAAUGUCUGUACAGAAAUAAUGACAUCUUUGAUCCUUUGAUUAAUUUAACUUAUUUAAACAUUUCUUUCAACAACUUAUACCGUCUUAGUAAUGGAACUUUCAAAUCUUUGAGAAGUUUAGAAAUUUUAGAUUUAUCCACUAACAGACUUGGCAAUAUUCACUUUAGUAUCGCUCACAUGCAAAACUUGAAACUUUUGGAUCUUCAUAAAAAUCAGAUUGGUUCAUUACAUAAACACAUUCGAACAGCCAUCAACGAACUCCUGGCCGCUAACAAAACUCUUUACGUGGACAUGCGGAACAACCCAAUCCUCUGUGAUUGUGACAACCUGGAGUUCCUAGAGUGGGUUGUAGAGACCAAUAUUUUUCGUUUCCCAUCUAAGGAUUAUUAUUGCAAAUAUGUCAGUGCUGAUCAGGUGUCGGUGGAGAUGCCAGACGGGUAUGAAGACGAAGUGAGAAAACUUAGGCGAUUGUGUAAAACAAAUGUUGGACUUUUUGUCGCCGUGGUUGGCGCAACAUUAGCUGUCUUGGUGUCUCUUCUAGGGGUCAUCAUGUACAGAUUGAGGUAUAGACUGUGUGUCCUAGCGAACUUUUUAUAAAUCAUUAAAUUGUUCAAAGUUUUUUUGACAAUAUCAUAAAUAAUUAGUUUCAUGUGAUGUAUAUCUUGGUCAUUUGUUUGUUGGGGCUGGGGGGUUUUGAGAGGUCGGAAACAAGCAUAUCCGUAAAUUUGUAAAUGUAUUCUUCAAAUUGUUUCUUGUUUCUUAAAAAUAUAACCUAUUUUGAAGGCAUUCCGUUGGAAGGAGCUGCAAAUGGUUUUGAUAACCGCAUGUGGUACGGUUCAAAAAGCAAGCCUCUAUCGUAUGGAACUGGUUCCUCAUGUCUAACGCCCCAUUGUCCUCAUUGGACAGGAGGGAAAUAUGAUUAUAAUAUUUAAAUAGGUAAAAUAUUUAAAGUUAAAGCAUAACUGUAGUAUCUCUUUCCAGGUGGACGCUAAGAUACUGGUACCAUGCUGCCAAGUUUUAUGUCCAUCACAAAGCAAGCCCAGAGAUGUAUGAAUACGAUGUGUUCAUCAGUUAUGAGAACGGGGAUGUCAAAUUUGUGUUGGAGGUUAGAGGUCAUGUUUCCAAACUUUUCCUUCUGUUUUUUAUGUAACAAAAUUUGAAAUAUAUUUAAUAUGAUUAAGUUAACAAAGGUUGGUCGGGUUACUGUGUAGCAGGAGGGUAAAAUAAUAGUUUAGUUUAUAUUUAAUGUCAAAAAUGUUUUUGUAUUUGUGAAAAAAUUUCUUUCAGAAUAAAUGUUUGAAAUGACACAACUGUUGAUAAUUCCAGGAGCUGUGCCCAAAGUUGCGAGACGAGAGAAAAAUCAAAGUUUUGAUUCACGGGGAAAACUUCCAAGUCGGUCGUCAAAUCGCUGAUAACAUUUACAUGGCAGUCACUCAAUGUCGUAAAACUUUGGUCAUUUUGACGCGGCGACUGCUGGCCAGCAAAUGGUGCAAGUACGAACUACAAGUGAGUCACAAAGAUGUUUUAAAUCAUGUGGGGAAUAUAUUUAACAUAUUUAAAUGUCAUUUGGUCCUUAUUUUCUGUUUAAAAAAAUUUUUGUUUUAAAAUCCAAGUUUAAUAAGAAUAAUAUUAAAAAAAAUAAAUAUUGUAACUUUUACCUUUAAUAAACCCCAAAGCUUUUAAAAACUACACAUUACCUAAAACAUAUUUUAUAAAAUCAAGAACAUUAAGAUAUAAAGCAAAUUGAAUAAAACCAUAAAUGUUAGAACAUUAGUUUGGUAUCUUUUCCCAGAUGGCGAGACUGGAGUCCAUUAAUACUGGAUUUAACGUGUUAAUAUUCCUUCUCAUGGAUGAGAUCCCAACUCAUGAGAUAAAUGUUGAAGUCAUGUCUUAUAUCAAGUCUAGUAUGUACAUAGCUUAUCCCAAAGAUCCCAACCACAGAAAGGCCUUCUGGGAUAAAUUGGCUCAUGAUAUUAAGGCGUAAUAAUUAUUGCUUGACUCUUGAGAUUGUGAUAAACUUAUAAGUGGAGAACAUAGAACUGAAGACCUUUGACAUGUAAUUAUUACGGUGAUAGGGCUAAUGUCUUGGAUAACACAGAGACCUGAACAGAAUAGAAAAGAAAAUAACUAGAGUAGAACAGAGAGCUGACCAGAGUAGAACAGAGAAUUAACCAGGGUAGAACAGAGAGCAGACCAGAGUAGAACUAAGAAUUAAAUAGGGUAGAACAGAAAACUAACCAGAGUAGAACAGAUAAUUAACCAGGGUAGAACAGAGAGUUGACCAGAGUUAAGAGAGAAUUGACUAGGUAAAAAAGAUCUGACCAGGUGGAGAACACAGAACUGAAUACAGCUGCCAGAUAGUUACAUGGUAAUGACAUACUUACCAGGAAAAUGGUGAUGACACACUUACCAGGACAAUGGUGAUAACAUACUUACCAGGACAAUGGUGAUGACAUACUUACCAGGAAAAUGGUGAUGACCUACUUACAGGACAAUUGUGUUGACAUACUUACCAGGAUAAUAGUGAUGACAUACUUACCAGGAAAAUGACAUACUUAACGGGGAUAUGAUUAAAUAUGUUGAUGUAUUUAGAGGGACUGCAACAAUAAAGAUACAUAUUUAAUUUUAUUUGAAAACGCUAUUACCUUCGACUCAUCCAAACUUAUGUAGACCAGUGUUACCCCUGCUAUUACCUUCGACUCAUCCAAACUUAUGUAGACCAGUGUUACCCCCGCUAUUACCUUCGACUGAUCCAAAUUAGUGUAGACCAGUGUUACCCCUGCUAUUACAUUUGACUGAUCCAAAUUAGUGUAGACCAGUGUUACCCCUGCUAUUACAUUUGACUGAUCCAAAUUAGUGUAUACCAGUGUUACCCCUGCUAUUACAUUUGACUGAUCCAAAUUUGUGUAUACCAGUGUUACCCCUGCUAUUACAUUUGACUGAUCCAAAUUUGUGUAUACCAGUGUUACCCCUGCUAUUACAUUUGACUGAUCCAAAUUUGUGUAGAUCAGUGUUACCCCCGCUAUUACAUUUGACUGAUCCAAAUUUGUGUAUACCAGUGUUACCCCCGCUAUUACAUUUGACUGAUCCAAAUUUGUGUAGAUCAGUGUUACCCCUGCUAUUACAUUAGACUGAUCCAAAUUUGUGUAGACAAGUGUUACCCCCCGCUAUUACCCUCGACUCAUCCAAAUUUAUGUCGACCAGUGAAAACGAGCGUGCAAAUUACUGAAAUAAUAAAGAUGUUUUUUGUGUGGAUAUUUAAAUGAAAACUUUUGUAAUUGAUUGAAAUUCCCAGAAAUUCUCUCUCACAACACUUUCAAUCCACCACCUCUCAUUCUUUACCUUUUCGUCUAAUUUUUCUAACACUCUACCACGCCGCUAUUAGUUCCACAUAAUUAUACACAGUGUCAGACUCUUUAGCACUCAACAUUGGGAAAUUAUUCCAUUCCCUGCCUUCUUAAAGCAUGGGAGCAUCCAGGAGUUGUCUAGGGCCUGAAGGUUCUAUGGGGCCUCGCUCUUCUAGGGUUUCUCACGCUUGCAGAGGGCCCCAGGCUCCUAGGUGAACUCUCGCUUCUAGGCGUCUUACUCUUCAAGGUGCCUCAUGCUUGUAGGUGACCUCACGCUUCUAGGCGUCUUACUCUUCUAGGGAUCUUACUCUUCUCGAAGCCCCACGCUUGUAGGGGGUCUCUUGUGUCAACGGGACCCCUCACUUCUAGGGCGCGUCAUGCUUCUAGCGGCCUCAUGCUUCUUGGAGCUCACGCGUUCAAGUCAAUCAAAGAGUUUAACAAUAGUCACCAAAUGAACUGUGUUCAAAUAAAUCAAAGAGUUUAUCAAUAGUCACACAAUGAAAUCUGUUCAAGUAAAUCAAAGACUUUAUCAAUAGUCACAAAAUGUUCAGAAUAUGUGAUUAAUCCGAAGAACAUUCUAGCAGUUUGAAAUUCGCAACAAACUUUUCAAUUGACUGACUUUUUUUGGAAAUGUAUAUUUGUUCAAUUUGCUGAAAUUUUGAGGAAUGUUAAGUUUUUCAAUUCACUGAAUAUUUGGAAAAUGUAUACUCUUUCAAUUUA